GUCUCGCUAUGUUGCCCAGGCUGGCCUGCUGGCAUCUUGAUGUUGAACUUCCAGCCUCCAGAAGUGUGAGAGAACUGUUUUGUGAGCCGCCCAGUUUGCGGAAAUUCGUGCAACCCCCAGAAAUGAAUCCAGAACCUGUUCCAUCCGUGAGACGAUUCGUUUAGUGCUAAUGAGGGGGGAGAGCAUAUUGCUCUGGGAUCAGUUCUGCAGCCGAUGACUCCACGGCUCAGGGGAGGCCUCAGGCAGGCUAUUUUAGGGCUGCGGAACGGCCCCGCGCAGAAAGCCAGGGAAUUCCGACACGCUUUGUGAUCCCCUAAUAAGGUUAAUGCGAGUUUCUAGAGUGAUCUGUCUUUGUUUGAGUACUGGGCAGCCAAAAGGGAGAUUCAGGCAGCAGCCGUGAGCGGGUCCCUCUUUCCCAGCCUGCCAGCAGGCUCCGUGCUCCUAGAAGCAAACGCUCCAGAGGCUCCGGACGCCGCGGCUGGAUUGGAGACGACAUGGGUUCCUCAGGGGACGACGGCUAUCGCCUCCUCAAUGAGUACACCAACGGCUUCAUGGUGUCCCAGGUUCUCUUCGCCGCCUGCGAGCUGGGGGUGUUCGACCUUCUCGCCGAGGCCCCAGGGCCCCUGGACGUGGCAGCGGUGGCUGCAGGUGUGGAGGCCAGCUCCCACGGGACAGAGCUCCUGCUGGACACCUGCGUGUCCCUGAAGCUGUUGAAAGUGGAGACGAGGGCAGGAAAAGCUUUCUAUGAAAACACAGAGCUGUCCAGCGCCUACCUGACCAGGGUCAGCCCGACGUCACAAUGCAGCCUGCUGAAGUAUAUGGGCAGGACCAGUUACGGGUGCUGGGGCCAUCUGGCAGAUGCUGUGAGAGAAGGAAAGAACCAGUACCUGCAGACGUUUGGCAUUCCCGCUGAAGACCUUUUUACAGCCAUCUACAGGUCUGAGGGCGAGCGGCUGCAGUUCAUGCAAGCUCUGCAGGAGGUCUGGAGCGUCAACGGGAGAAGCGUGCUCACUGCCUUUGACCUUUCGGGGUUCCCACUUAUGUGCGACCUCGGUGGUGGCCCUGGAGCUCUGGCGAAGGAGUGCCUGUCUCUGUAUCCUGGAUGUAAGGUCACCGUUUUCGACAUCCCAGAAGUGGUGCGGACGGCAAAGCAGCACUUCUCAUUCCCGGAGGAACAAGACAUUCAGUUCCAGGAAGGGGAUUUCUUUAAAGACCCUCUUCCGGAAGCAGAUCUGUACAUCCUGGCCAGGAUCCUCCAUGACUGGGCAGAUGGAAAGUGCUCACACCUGCUGGAGAGGGUCUACCAUACUUGCAAGCCAGGUGGUGGCCUUCUGGUAAUUGAAAGCCUCCUGGAUGAAGACAGGCGGGGUCCUCUGCUCACGCAGCUCUACUCUCUGAACAUGCUUGUGCAGACGGAAGGGCAGGAGAGGACCCCCACCCACUACCACAUGCUCCUCUCCUCUGCUGGCUUCAGAGACUUCCAGUUUAAGAAAACAGGAGCCAUUUAUGAUGCCAUUUUAGUCAGGAAAUAACUUUUUCUUGUGAUCUGGAACUACUGUCAAAGCACGCAAGACAUAAUAAUAAAGAGAUGUAUCUCCA